AUGAAUUUUGGAAUUUCAAUUGAACUUACAUCGAUAUUGUAUUCAUCGAAUAGACAGAAGAAAAACGAUGAAAAUAUCUUAAGUCUCUCAUUACAACAUCAGCAAUUAAGUUCAUUUACUAACACAAAAUUUCAGCCAUUAUUACGUCGAUCAAAUGUAAAAAAAUCAUCAAUAUCGACUGGCCGAAUAGCAAAUAAACAAGAAUAUCAACAACCACCAUCUGCAACUCUAUUUUUAAGGUCCUCAACACCAAAGUCAACAUUAAAAGUUAUUCGAGAACAUCUAAAUGAAUCAAUUCAUUCCAAAAAAGCUCGUUUAUCAUCACCUACUCCAAGUCCUCGUUGUUCUACACCAUGGUAUUCAAAACAACAUCGUACUCGUCCGUAUAUUGUCUGUGAAUUAUGUCGUCAAAAAGCAGUCAUGUCUGUAGUAGAUACAUCAUUAUCAGCGAAUAUUUCUAAAGUUAAAAAGAAACAUACCACAUUUAAUAGUACAAAAAUGCAUCAAAAUUAUCCAAAAUUAGUUAAAAAAUCUCGUCGAUCCUCCAUGAACCAACUACUUGUAUGGAUCUUGUGA